AUGUCAUUCAUCUCACAAACCGUCGCCGGACUGAGUCACCCACGACGCGAAGAGGAACCGAGACAGCACUGUUCCCACCAGCAUGCCCAUAAAAACUUCUUAUCCCGAAAGAAUAGCUUGCCCGAAUGGGAUCCUCCCGAAACUAGAGAUAGAAAGAACAGCCUACCAGUUGAGAUUAACGAUACUAAGGAGAUUGUAGAAGAGUGA